AGCAAUUCCUAACAGGCGCAUCUGAAAUAUGGCAAAGGAGCAAGAAGUUCAAAUUCCCAGAGUGAAACUUGGAACUCAGGGUCUUGAGGUUUCCAAGUUGGGAUUUGGCUGCAUGGGACUGACAGGAAUUUACAACGAUCCUGUCUCGGAUGAAGUCGGCGUAUCAAUCAUCACCGAUGCGUUCGGCAAGGGGAUAACGUUCUUCGACACGUCGGAUUUCUAUGGCCCGAAAACUAAUGAAAUUCUUGUUGGGAAGGCAUUGAAGAAGUUGCCUCGCGAGAAGGUGCAGUUAGCUACCAAAUUCGGGGCAAUGUUGUCCGAGGGAUACACUGUGGUGAUAAAAGGAACGCCUGAAUAUGUCCGGUCAAGCUGCGAGGCCAGCCUCAAGCGCCUUGAAGUCGACUACAUAGAUCUCUAUUACGUGCAUCGAAUCGACACAUCGGUCCCAAUAGAGGAAACUAUGGAGGAACUGAAGAAGUUGGUGGAAGAGGGAAAAGUGAAGUAUAUUGGCUUGUCGGAAGCCAGCCCGGACACCAUACGGAGAGCGCAUGCAGUUCAUCCCCUCACUGCCUUACAAAUUGAGUGGUCGCUCUGGACUCGUGACAUCGAGCAAGAUAUCGUCCCUCUCUGCAGGGAGCUUGGGAUCAGCAUAGUGCCUUAUAGCCCUCUCGGUCGCGGGUUCUUUGGUGGCAAGGGAGUAACAGGAACUAUGCCUGAGAAAAGCUUUCUGGAAAGGCAUCCCAGGUUUCAACCGGAGAAUUUGGAGAAGAACAAAAUCUUUUACACCCGAAUCGAGAAGCUAGCAAACAAGCAUGGUUGCACCCCGAUCCAGCUCGCACUGGCAUGGGUGCUCCAUCAAGGGGACGAUGUCGUGCCGAUCCCGGGAACGACCAAGAUAAAGAACCUGGACAUCAACAUCGGUUCCUUGCGAGUGAAGCUCACAGAGGAUGAUGUGAGAGAGAUAUCGGAUGCUGUGCCGAUCGAUGAGGUCGCCGGGGGCAGUAUUCACGAAGGGUAUGCUCGUUACUCGUGGCGGUAUGCGGACACGCCCCCGAGAGGCGGGAAAUCAUCAGCCUAGACUUUCGUUCCGUUUCAUGGAGCAUUGUUUGGCUCUCUGCAUAGUUCUUUUUCCCGUCUGUAACCGAGGUCUGAAAUCGAUCAUGGGAUCGAUGGAAAAA